CAAAAGAGUUUAGGUCAUCGCACACAAAAUGAUAUAAAUGCGUAUGUAUAGCAUAACUGUCUCGACCAAUAAGCAUCUAGCAUAAAGGCGCCAGGCGCCAUAGAUCACUCAUUUAGAUGUUCACUCUCAUUGGUCGAGACGAUCUUAUGCUAUUCAUAUGCACAUAUGUCAUUUUGUGUGCGAUGGCCCUUUCAUUUUCGGUUGAUCUAGAGAAACAAGUUUUCGGAAUCAUACCAUCUUUAAUCAUUUUCGGUUUGUCGUUUGUCUCGUCCGUUGUUUUUCUUGACCAAAUAACUAAACUGACAACAAGGAGAAAUUACAACUCUUGCAACGUAUAUUGAAUUUGGUUGUAUAACCAAAUUUGAUUGUAUAUCGAAAGCAUGCAGGUUCCACCGUCCACUGUGCACAUGUCUCUCGACGACGUCGACUACGAUGACAUUAUGGUCAACUCCACAUUGGACGCUUUGACUCAAUCUCCUUCAAUUGUGGAAGUUCCGCCUCAAAAACCGACAUCAACUACUGAAGCACAGAUUAAGAACACGAUAAAACCAAAGGGAAGUAACAUGUGGAAAUAUUUUGAAAAAAUCGAUAGAGAGAGCGCAAAAUGCAAAACUUGCUCUAAGAUCAUCAGGAAUGAUAGAAACACCACAAAUCUGAAAAAUCAUCUCAAUAGUAAACAUCCUCUGUUACUGUCGCCAGAAAAAAGAAAAUUAGACAGUAAUCCAGGCAAUUUUCCAUUUUCAAGUGAUGAAAAAAAAGAGAUUGCAAAUCGAAAGAAACGAUUGAAGAUAGAAGAAAAAGAGAAUAUCAUAACUCAUUUUAGGAGAAUAGACUCAAUGAAAGAGGGUGAAACAGGUGCCACACGAUUAACAGAAAAGAUCAUGUACAUGAUUGUAACUGAUCAUCAGCCCCUUUCAAUGGUCGAAUCCGAGGGCUUUUCAGAAUUAAUAAAAUUCUUAGUGCCGCAUUAUAAGUUGCCUUCUCGCCAAACGAUUACCCGCUUGAUCGACGCGAAAUAUAGUAAUAUGAAGAUUGCAGUAAAGAACCAACUUGCAUUAGCUCCAUCCCAUGCCAUUACGUGUGAUAUUUGGACUGACUGCAAAAUGCAAAGUUAUCUUGGCGUCACGGAUCACUAUUUAACACCUACCUUUAGUUUGAAUCAUAUCACAUUGGGAACCAUACCACUGGCCUCCAAUCAUACUGGAGAUCUAAUUGAAGAAAAACUGCGAGAAGUCCUGUCGAUGUUCGAUAUUGAUUUGGAAAAAGUGGUGUGUGUUACGAGCGAUAGUGCGGGAAAUAUGAAAAAAGGUAUUCUACAACUAGUUGGCAGCGAAAAACACGUGCCUUGCGUCGCACACAUUCUGUCGCAUAUCGUGCCAGAUGCACUGCAAUCAUUAACAUAUAUAAAUGACAUUCUAUCACAAGUGCGGAGUAUUGUUAGAAAAGUAAAAAACAAUGUCAACGCGGGCGACGAAUUGAAAAAACUGCAAAUGCAGAAUGGAUUAAGCGAAGGGCAGUGUUUACGAUUUCUCUUAGAUAUGAAAGUUCGAUGGAAUUCCACAUAUUUCAUGGCCGCCAGGUACAUCGAGUUGAAAAAUUACGUAUACACAGUUUUGCUGAAAUGCCCCGAUGCUCCUGAUCCAUUAUCUCGGGAUCAAAUUCAAGUUCUGGAAGAUUUAGUAUUAAUUUUCAAACCAAUUCAGAAUGUGAUCACAGAAAUUAGUGGAGAUUCAUACUCGACAGGUAGCAUUGCCAUCCCGAUAAUUCGUGGCCUGAAGCUCUGCAUAAGCAAAUUAAAACCGAAUACUAAAAUGGGCAAGGAUUUGAUGCUUCGCAUCAGCGAAGCUUUGGAAAAACGAUUUAAAGAGUUGGAGUCAAAUCAAGUACUCGCAGUUGCUACUAUACUUGAUCCUCGAUUCAAAAAGCUGGCUUUUGAAUCACGUCUGAAAUGUGCUAAUGCAAUAAAUAAAAUUAAUCGUCUCAUGAACGUUGCAUCGAUAAAAGAAAAUGUGGGGCAAACUGCAAAAAACUCCGGGCCGAUAGAAAAUAAUGAGGAUAAUGACAUAUGGAGUUUUCACGAUCACCAAAAUGAAGUACAAACGUCUGGUUACGAGCCUGGGUCAAAUGGUGAUGAAAUUCAUAUCGAGCUGCAACAGUACAUUAAUCAGCCUCGUAUCCCUCGAAAAAAUGAUCCUCUCGGAUAUUGGAAAAUGGUGCAAACUGCAUUUCCAACUCUCUCAAAAAUCGCCAUAUUUUAUGCAAACGCAGUCACAUCAUCGGUACCAUCCGAACGUCUCUUUUCAGAGGCUGGGAUUGUUGUUACUGACAGACGUAACAGAUUGACUGGUGAGAGAGUCAACAUUUUACUUUUUCUUUCAUCUUUGCCUAAGGAGAUGUGGGAUUGUGGGCCUUGAAUUAUUCUUUGUAAAAGAAUAAAACUUUAAUAUUAUGGGUUUGCUCACGUCGCAUGUCCCAACAUGCUCCUAUUCGUUCCAAUAUAAUACAAUCUAUAAUAUUACGUUAUGUAUACUAUAGUUUGGAGCGUAUUGGAGUAUGCGACGCGAACAAACCCUAUAUAAUUUUACUUAUAUACUGUCAUAUUAUGAUCUUAUUAAUAUCUUUAAUGUUUGAAUAUUUUGUGUUCUUUGUUGUAUAUUAUAUGCACUGUGAUACUGUAACGUUACGAGGUUUAUUCUUUUUAGCUAAACUGGCUGCACUAGUUUAGAGUUUAUCUUUCUCUUUCUAAUGGGGAGGAAAAAAAUAAACU